AUGGACGCCAUAGCAGGUCAUGAGCUUCUAAGCUUCAUGAACGCCUACUCAGGCUACAAUCAGAUCUUCAUUAACCCUACUGACCGCGAACAUACAACAUUCAUUACCGAUAAAGGACUCUACUGUUACGAUGUCAUGUCGUUCGGCCUAAAAAGUACGGGAGCGACAUAUCAAUGUUUGGUUAACAAGAUCUUCGCCGAACUCAUAGGCAUUUCUAUGGAAGUUUAUGUGGACGACAUACUGGUCAAAAGCAGACCGCCAAUCGGCAUCUACACAACCUCUCCCUCAUGUUCGACAUCCUAA